AAAAUGAGUCAACUUUGGUCAAAAAUCAGAUAUGGAGUACGAUGGAAUCCUGCGGAGAGGCUGGCACUUGCUACAAGAGCGCUCAAUUUGCAAAAGGUAAAAUCAAUCGAUAUCUCAUUGGAUCCACUUCAUCACGACAAUCUAUCAAUUCGCACCUUUUGGCACUCGAUAAUGGCUCCAAAAGUGCGCCUAACCAACCCAAACGUUCGUGUCAAAACUGAUAUCCGGAAUGAUCGACGAGCACCAUUUUUUGUUGCGACUCUUGACGACGGUCAAAAAUUGCACUUUUCAACUGAAAAUAUGACUGCAAUGGAUGUGAUUAUGAAUUUCAAUCGAUUGACUGGACAACCAGAACUCGGAAAAGCUGGAACCCGCCCGAGAGCGAAGAUUUAAAUGUUUUUUCUUCCUUGUUAUCUUUUUAUUGUUUUUUUUGUAUCCUUUAGUAGUUAUUUGACAGUUCGAAAUAGAUAAAAUUCUUUCAUUUUU